AUGCUAGGCAUCUCAACAUCGCUCAUAUUGAGCAUUACCAUUACGCUUAUAGCGGCUACAGAAUUUAGUGAGCACUGCCGAGAAUCACUGCAACGUGGUAGAGAAGUGAUCGAAAAUUCUAUUCCGGCCCUCGUAAAUGAAGAGAGACUAAGAAUUCGACGUAAAUAUACACAAAGAAUGCAGGAGAUGUUCGCGGCUCAGGUUUCCAAGACCGAUUUGCUGACUUUUUCCAAGUACGCGAAAAUUCUUGGCGACGCUGAAGGUACAAGUACAACGCUGCCACCAUGUCCUGAACCGAAUGGCACAAUGUUUACGACAAUGGCACCUACAACUACCACAACAGCGGUACCGCCGCUUCCAGUUUGCUCCACCACGGCUGCAGCUAGCACCGCAACGAUGCAGACACAAGCGCAGACUUCACUACCGGAAGGGACAACUGGUACAAGUGCGAGCCCUAGUACAAGUCAACAAACAGCGUCGACAGCAAGUGGUACGACCUCUGGGUCGGGAAGCACUACUAAGGUGGAGCCGCUGGAGGAGAAUAAAGUGGAAGUAGGCAACUCAGCCUCGUCGACGGGGACGAAUAAAGCUUCACCGGGAACGGACAAGGUAUCGAUGGGGACGGAUGCAGCAGCAGUGGGAACGGAAACGACAUCAGCAGGGACGGAAACAGCGCCAGCGACCAUGGCCACCCAGCCAGACACUACCGAUACUUCCACUACUUCUGCAAAGCCAACGACGAAAGCACCAACCACAACCACGGCACAAGUGCAAUGUGUGGAUCCGAAUACUCUUGCAAAAUCCAAGAAGAAAAAAUUCAUGAUGCCCACGGUCUAUAGUACAUCGUCAGAAGAUGAUCCAUUCUACAACUGGAUGAGUGCUAUUUAUGAGUACAUGGGUAAAGAAAAAGAAAUUUGCGACCAACCACCAAUGAAGGAUCUCAACUCGAUCACGGAAGACCAAUUGUAUGGAUUUUUAGCCACACUUUCGGCCGCUCAUCCAGGUCCGUUCUGUUCGUUGUGUGAUCGACUUGCAAAUGAAGCUCGGAAAAGAGUUUUCAUGAUUAAUCCGAUGUGGGGAGUAGAUGUCCAACACAUUAUGCGGCUACUGUAUGCUCUCGUCCCAACAGCUAAAUCGUUUUGCUCUACUUUGGCACCAGCAUGUUAUGACAAUUAUGAAGAACAAGCACGUAAUAUCACACCAGGGACAAUUUGUCUGGAAUGCACUGCUUGCAUGGUAUUAGGAAACGUGGUUCAGCACAGUUUCCUUCUGGACAAGGGCGUUUUGGCUUCAACCUUGCAAUUCCUUCGAUCCUCAUUAUUCCAUAACACUUGCGCUGAACUGUGCUUAGUGUGGCAACCGCUAAACUUGACGCUUUUCCCUAAUGGAUUCACUUACGAUGGGUGCAUGGAUUUCCUCACCGACGGUUUUGCCGAAGUAGUCGACAUUGCUAAAGUAAUCCUUCGGCCGGAACGAUUCUGUAGCUUGGAACUCGGAUGGUGCGAACUAAAUGAAAUGCCCAACAUUAUGCAUUGUCUCUAUGAACUUUGCAUAGAAACUCUGGGCGACACACCACAAACACAAUGGCUGUGUUCACUAAUUCCAGCCCAACCCGUCAUGGCGUACGAAUUUUUGAAUGUCCAUAAGACGAGGCGAGAGAAGACGUGGAAGCCGUACCAUGAUAAAUUUUUAAGCGAAUCUCCUCGAGACGAGUUAUGACAGCUUUAUUGAUCGACUAGACAACUAAACAAAAG